UUUAAUUAUUAUUAAUUUACGCAUAGAUACAAACAAUAGAAGCUGCCCGGACCCUACAAGACUGGCCUGUUUACAACUUUAAAAAUAGGAAACAGUAACAUAAGAAACUAAAGUCUUAAGACACAUUCGGAUACUGAUUAAUAUACAGCAUUUCUCUUUUUCAGGGGAAACCCACGCAUUCAAUUUUACGACAGAAUUUGCGCUUGAGGAAUCAGCCGUCGAAUCGCAAGGCGGCAUACAUUCCUAAGACUUGACUCUUGCCUCCUAUUUUUGUUUAGGCUUGGGACAGAUAGAAAGCCCUGAGGUCUUAAGAGCUAUCUGUUCCACUUAGUUCCCACUAUUACAGGAUGGAUUGACAACCGUAACUCUAUUAAGGAGCAAGACGGGGAUAUUUGAUCGCAACCACCGUUAUUAAUGAAGCGCAUACACUGUAUUCGGCUCCCAGACACGCCCCACCGCUUUCUUUUACUAUACUAGCGCCUCCUCUCGAUGCUCUCGAAGUUCGGCUGCGCUGCCUUCUCUUUCCUCUCAUCAUUCCAAACGCCGGUGCUUCUUUAACAUGCUAAUCGAUACGCUAGGCAUUCGGGUUUGUGCCUGCAAUUCAGGAAUCUCCGGAUCGCGGCUCUUUCUCACCCUUCCUGGCUACUACGUUUCUUUCACAUCUCUCCAUCGAUCGGCUCGGCCUUCCACCCACUCUCCUUACAACGGAAUGAGUCCCUCGGAGCGUGUUCGAUGCACUCCGUGCUCACCCACCCCCUGACGGAACGAUACCCUGGGCGCUUUCUCUGACCACUCGAGCUUCUCGACGCUCUUCUUCCCGUGCCUGUUUCCUAGCAGAGGGACCGGAAGUAGCUCGAGGAGGGGAGGGGGGCUUGGUCCCUCCUCAGGUGAAGGCGCUGCUGAUGGAGCCGCCGUUGCGGAGCAAUUGAGCCCCCCUCCAGCGCCCCCCACCCCCCCUCCCAGCGGCUGGGCCGGGGGGGCCCUCCCCAUAACGAAGCGACCGGACUUGGAGUCCCGCAAUUCAGCAAAGUAUCUUCAAGAUGGAGAUAGAAGACUGCAAUGGACGAUCUUACCUAUCUGGAAUCUCUUCUUCCUGGAAGGUGAGUGGCUGAGUUCACCCUACUGCCGAGAUGCAGCCACACACACUCACAGCCUGUAUUCCACUGCUGUUUCCAAGGAGUUGGCUGUGAUAACACUCCAGGGUAUCUUCAGCAAGCUAGAAUAAUGUAGUGGAGAUUCCUCUUUGGAAAAGGAGUUCACCUCCACAAUUGUGGGGCCCACAGUGAGCACACCAAACAGCCAACACUCCUCUCCAAGCAGGUCCCUUAGUGCAAAUUCUAUCAAGGUGGAAAUGUACAGUGAUGAAGAAUCUAGCCGGCUGCUGUCACACGAUGACCGGCUCAUUGAAAAAGAGGACAGCGUGAUUGUAGAAGAUUCCCUCUCUGAGCCCCUUGGUUACUGUGAUGGGUCAGGACAGGAACCGCAUUCCCCAGGUGGCAUACGGCUACCCAAUGGCAAACUGAAAUGUGAUAUCUGUGGAAUGGUGUGCAUUGGCCCAAAUGUACUGAUGGUGCACAAACGCAGUCACACUGGUGAGAGACCAUUCCAUUGCAAUCAGUGCGGUGCCUCCUUCACCCAAAAGGGCAACCUCCUGCGCCACAUCAAGCUGCAUUCAGGCGAGAAGCCCUUCAAAUGCCCUUUUUGCAACUAUGCUUGCCGGAGAAGAGAUGCACUCACCGGUCACCUCCGCACACACUCAGUCUCUUCCCCCACAGUUGGCAAGCCCUACAAAUGCAACUAUUGUGGUCGCAGCUACAAGCAGCAAAGCACGUUGGAAGAGCACAAGGAACGCUGUCACAACUACCUGCAAAGUCUUAACACUGAACCACAGUCGCUGGCUGGCCAGCAAGGUGACGAGAUGCGAGACUUGGAAAUGGUGCCGGACUCCAUGCUUCAUUCCUCAGCAGAUCGGCCAAUCUUUAUUGACCGACUAGCCAACAGCAUCACCAAACGAAAACGCUCCACACCUCAGAAAUUUGUAGGAGAGAAGCAGAUGCGGUAUAGCCUCUCUGAUAUGGCAUAUGAUGUCAACUCCAGCUUUGAGAAGGACGUGGAGAUGGUGGCUGCCCACCAUCCCAUGGACCCUAGCUUUGGCAGUUCAUUGUCGUUCAUGGGAGCAGAACAUUUGCGCCCCCUCAGACUCCCACCCACAAACUGCAUCUCUGAGAUCACACCUGUCAUCAGCUCUGUCUACACUCAAAUCCAGCCCCUCCCAGGCAGGUUGGAAAUUGCAAGUAGUCGGGAAGCUGCCGAAGGCCACGAGGACCUUCCCGAUGGGACACAGAUUGUGUAUCGGGCAUCACGGGAGCCAAGCAUGGUAUCGCCUAGCAAUGGUUGCCAGGAUUCCACAGACACUGAGAGCAUCCAUGAGGAGAGAGGCUCACACCAGCCACUGCUGUCCAGCAUUGGGAAUUGCAGCAGCAGCCGGCAGAGUCCAGCCUACGCCAAAGAGGACCCCAAAUUACAGGAGGGCAUCAUUCCCACCACUACUCGGUCAACUCCCAGUUCAGCCAAAGAAGCCCUGCGUGUGGUGAAUGAUGAAGGGGAACAGGUAAAAGCCUUCAAAUGUGAGCACUGCCGGAUCUUAUUCCUGGACCACGUCAUGUUCACCAUCCAUAUGGGCUGCCAUGGCUUCAGAGACCCUUUUGAAUGCAACAUCUGUGGCUAUCACAGCCAAGACCGGUACGAGUUCUCUUCCCACAUAGUGCGAGGGGAACAUAAAGUAGGCUAAUCUUACUCUGUCCCCUUAUUCAUCUCUCCCCAUCACUAGUGCUCUAUCCUAGUUGGGCAUGGAACUGUUCAUUUCUUUUGUACUCCUUUGCACUGACUUUGGCUAAAAAAGAGAAAUGUUUAAAAAAAAAAAAAGAACCCUAAGUUUUAAAAAAAAAAAAUCCAAUGAACUUGAGCCGGGGAGGAGCUCAUAACAUUUUGCCUUUCUCUAUGGUGUGUUAUUUAAAAGUUGAUAAUUAAUUUUACAUUUUUUGUUUUUCUCUCACAUUUGUAGUUAUUUAUUAAUUCCUUCCUUCCUCUAAAUAGAUUUUUCAGUUAUUUCACCUGGAAUGUCCUCUUUUGAGGAGCAAGUAAGGGCUGGCACACAGACCAGCAGCAAGCUUGACUCUAAGGUUAAGGUCUCUUCUUCUUCCAUUUGGACAUUUUUUUGGUUUCAGUUCCCAUAUUUCUGUUAAGCUACCAUGUUAGGUAUUAAGAACCUCAGAUCAGGUGCUAAACACAUUAUAGAGCUUCCCCCUUUUAAGGGGCUAGGAAAGCCACGGCCUGAGGUAUAUUACUGUUCAGAUGAACCGUAUAUAUCUUCUUUUUAUGGGUGGCUGUGAAACGGAGCGUAUAAAAGUAUCAUGCUAGGAACGCUAAGGUCCCAGAACUUAAUACCUCUGUGCAUCUACUUAGCUUUGAACUGACUUGUAUUAUUUUCUCUGUUGGGGCCCAGAAGGUAUAGUGAAUUUUGCAUCUGGUGUUGAUGAAGGAGCUACAGUGUUUCAAGGAAGAUGAUGAGCACUUUGUAUAGGAAGAAUGCUGCCUUUCCAUAUUGGACCGAGAAUCAGCAUUGGGGAAACAAACGCUGUUUCCAGGAUGCAGUGAAGGAAUCUUAACAUCUGGUUAAAAUCUGUGAUGCUUCUAAAGAGUCUGGGAUGUCUUGUCUUCUCUCCAGAUAGGUUGUCUGAGGUGAUUUUCUUUGCGCUUCCGUGGUUAGCACUUAAAAGAAUAAUGAUUGCUAAAGACUGUAGAAACAGGGUAGGCAAAAUGUAACUUUCACAAGGCCCGUCAUGUCUCAGUACCGUCUGAGCUGGCUAGGAUUAAUGGGAGUACAGCAACAUUUGGAGACUCAAAGAUUGCCAAUCCAAGCUUUGGAAGAGGUAAGCCUCCUAGGUGAGUGCAUGUCUUUAACUUUUCUCUCCCAAUGUGCAGGUUCUUUAGACAGCAUUGGUGAGCCUGGCUUUGCUGAAUAGGAAUUGAUUUGUAAGAUGGAGGUAUUUUCAUUCAGAGGUAAGAAGGAUGCUAGCAAUGAUUGCUGGAGUCAGCUUAGGAAUUUCUUUACAUCUACUAGAGCCAAAGGAAUGAGGAGUAAACUGCCAGUGUCUCUGUUCCAGUGCCUAACUUACACCUCAUUCAGAUUCCCAGCAUCAGUUAUUGCUGAGCAGUUGGAACUGGACUUAGUUUCCAGGUCAGUUUAGCUAUCCUUGUUUGUGUCAGUCAGUUAUAAGCCUUAUGGGUCUGUGUCCAGAAAGCAUGAGCAAGAUCUGAGAGUAGCAGCCUUGUGGUGAAAGUUCUCUAUAUCCAUGGAAUAGAUCACACUGCUCAUCCCAAACUUAGGGGACCUAAGGUUUGCAGUGAGAGUUUCAGUUUUCUUAAAGAGAAAUCUUUUUUCCAGAUCAAAGGCAACAACUUCUAAACUGAUUUUGCUGAAAAAGCAAAAGAAACGAAGCAAGAUCUGCAUAGUAACAAGUCCUGUUUGUUCACAGGUACAUGGCCCAGGGUGUCAGAGGGGAUCAUUAGAUUUCUGCAGCAAGGGCCCUGCAAGGACACUUUAUUAUGUGUGCUUUUGUGUCUUAAAAACUUUGAUCAUCAUCAAGGGCAAAAAAACUCCAUUCUGUAAUUGGUUGCAGAUUGCUGCUGAUAAUAGGCUGUAGGCAAGAGAUAAAACACCACUUGUCGGUAUUAUGCAGUCAUUUCCACCUCCCCAGUCUGAGUGGAAAUCUUGUUGAUAAUUGUUUUUUAAGAGGGUAAUCACCAAAUUAGAAGGGCUAUAUGCUGAGCCAAUAAAACUUGAAGCUUACCUUUUUCCGGAGCUUGCUCCAUCUUUAUCUGUUGGAAACAUCUCAUCUGACGGAAAGGGGUAUAUGAUUAAAAUAGUCUCUCUAGUCUUAGCUGGGUAGUGGAUGUGACAAAAAGGGGAGUGCUUUUGGUUUAGAUAAAUCCCUUAUUGCAUUUACUCAACAGCAGCCCAGGGAAUUGUUUCUUUGCAGGAUAAACCAAAGGCAGUUCUUUUUCUACUUAAAAAGCAAACCUCAAGCUGCAACAUUUUGUUCAUUUCCCUUCUUUUUUGCUUUUGUAAUGUGAAAUACAGAGCUGAGCUUUUUUUAAAAAAUAAAAUAAUAAACAGGCCAUGCCAGUUUGUCUAACUGGAAAGGCCUGAUUGAAUGAGAUGUUUUGGAGAAUUGGCCAAGGAGAUGGGAGUGGAACUUUUCUUUAAAUACAGUACCCUGAUCCCACUGUUCUGCCAUAUUUAAAAUCUGGUACAAUAUCACUUUCCUCCUUCAGCUUUCCUCUUUCUCACAUUCAGCAUAGGAAUGGCAUCUUAGAGGCUUGGGAGGCAUUUUGAGCUGGUCCCAGCAAAGUAUGUUUUAGCUUCCGCAAGAGAAGUGAACUACUACAAUUUUUGUCAUUCUGAUUAUACUGUGCAAUACAAAUAAAACAUGCUGAGACACUUUGCCAAAUUGUUAAGGGAGUUUGAAAGUCCAAUUCUUAUGGGGUAUAUUUUUCCUAUUAGAAUCAUACUUCUGGCUCCUUUAGUUCUACUGGCCCUAAGGUCAAGGAUUUUUUUUCUCCUAUUGAUGUACUCAUGUCUUCUAUUGAUGUACAUUUAAAGUAAUUCAACAUUUCUUUGUGACUGUUAAUCUAAAUCGUUAUUUCAUGUGACAUAGUUUUUUCCCUGUAAUAAUCUCCAUGAUUUCAAUGCUCAUUAGAAUGUUUUGUGUGAAUUAAAUCCUAGAGGGAAUUAUGGGAGCUCUCCUUUGAAUGGAAAAAGUCACCAGAACCAGCUUUUACACCUUGCAAUUUGAAUGUUUAAUAUUAUCUUGCUCUGAAGGGUGAGAUUCCUUCACCACUUACUUUAAAACCAUGAAGACUUUUUUUUAAAAUUUAACACAAUUUGAUAAGAUUAUAAUUGAAUUCAGGUGUUACUCAUAGUAUUUGGGCUGUGCUCCAAAAUAUCAGAGAGAACAUAUCUUUAGGUUUUUUUCAUAAUUACUGCUAACACCCUGGGCAAACUUAUGAGAAGUUCUGUAAAAGCAAAACAUUGGACAUCAAAGAUGUAUUUAUUGGAUAUAAUAAAACUUCUAAGCUGAUUUCCAAUAUUCCCAACAACCCACCCCUCCACUGUAUUUAUUGCCCAUUUUGUGAGUAUGGAGAUGUAUGGGUGUGGGUGUCAUAGAUACAUAUGCACACACCCCCACACAUACAUUUGCCCCUCUUUCAGAGCAAGUUAUCCAAAUAUUUGUCCUUAGGAAAGAAUUGAGCUACUCAAAUAAUUGUCUAAGAAUUUUAGAUUCCUCUGGUGAUAACUUUUUCCCUAAAAAAAAGUUAAUUCUGGCAGUAUAGCCUGUUCAUGUAACUGUGCAUCUGAAGAAAGUCUGGAUGUUUAUCAUCCAGGUGCUCAGUGUCACAAUGGAAGUAGACCUCUGAAAAAAGGGAAGGUGCAGAUAGGCCUAUAUAAUAAUAAUAAUAAUAAAGAGAACAAUCCCUAACUCAGUUGUAUGCAUGUUUCUUUUCUCAUGUGAAUCUAGAUCUAAAUAGGGCAUGUAUAGUAACUCCCCAGUUAUAUAGAUAGCAUUUAUCCCUGGUGGGAUCAGACAAAUAGCACUUCUCUCUAGGUACUUGAGAUUCCUGGGCUUCUAGUAUGGUAUACGUAUUCCAGAGGACUGGGAUAAAAUCCAUUUACUUUAGCUGGAGAGCAUUAUAUUGUCUUUAAUGAAAAGCAAACAUACACACAUGAAUUAGUAGUUACAAAAUCCUAUAACCAAAUUCCAAAAUUAUCCAGUUCUGCAAAGAAUGGAUGCCAACUAAUUACGUUUAUGUAAUCAAUAUUUUAAGCAAAACUGGAAAUCAAACAGCAAGGUUUAUAUUUGUUUUCUUUCCACAUACUGAACUGAAUGUGCUGUAUGAAGCAAGAUAAAUACUGUUUCAACAGAUUAGAAAAUUAAAUUUGAGUUAAAGAUGCUAGGAGUGUGACUCUUGCUGAGAUGUCUCCUUGAUGUCUGAACUUUAUUAUCAAUGCCCUGAUAUUUUCCAUGUGAGAUGCGAAUUACUUCUAAUUUCAAUAGACAAAAUUAUGGAAAGAUAUCUUUGUUCCCCCAAUGCAGACUAAAUUUUCUGUCAAAGCAAUGUAAAACAUAUUGAACAGCUGACCAGAUGUGCUUUCCAUCUGAAUAUAUUUGUCAAUUAGAGAAAGCAUUUAUUGGCUUCUUGGAAGAUGGCGUUGAGAAGAAAAUACGCUUAUGAAGUUUUCUUUAUUUAUGUACUGUUUCUGAAAUAGGUAUGAAAUUUUGACAAGGAAGAAAAAAAAGCUUAGAUAGUUGGAAACUGACUUCUUGAAAGCCAAAGAUGGCCCUUGGGUGCUUGGCCUCACUUCAUUGCCACAUUGAUAAAGCACCUAAAGUGUCAUUUUUACUGGGUUUUUUAAAAUCUAUCCUUUGUGCCUCCAUACAAAGUCCACAUUCAGAAUUGCUCUGCUUCCCGUUUCUAGUGGGAAUAGGACCACUCUAUGCAGGAGCCAAUUAUUUUUGUUGAAGGGGAAAUAUUAAGACAGUUCUAGAUCUAAAUGAAGAUGUCCAGAACAUCAUUUGUGAACUCUGUCUACUGCACUGUGGAAUGGUACUAAUCUCUCUCAGCCCUGCUUCAGGGAACAAGAAUCCUGCUUCGGACUUUACAUAUUACCUCCUGCUUGCCCCCUUUUGUGAAAAUGAAAAUAGGUUUGUUUUUAGAGAAACAAAAGCUCUGAAAUUUCUAAGAAAUCAGUGUUCCUUUUUAUUUUUUGCUUUCACCUGUAUGAAGAGCCUAAAAAACAAAUGUAGGAAUUUUGUAAAACUCCAGGUCUCUUUAACUUGUGUAAAUAUAUAUAUUUUUUAACCAGAUGUAUGAAGAACAAAAAAGAUGUGCAAUAUCCCCAACCCGCUACAAUAUUCUUCACUUGUUUCUAACAAGCUUUCAUUUGUAUAUUGUUAUUGGGUUUGCUGGUGUGGCGCUCUUCCCCUCCUUUUUUUUUUUGGGUGGGGUUAAACUUGCUUUUAAAUAAAAGAAAAACCUCUUACUGCAAAAGCUUUUUUGUAUUUGUAAUAUAUUGUAAGUACAUAUUUGUGUAAUGGAGAUUAUACUACUGUUAAGUUUUGUACUGUACUGGCUGAAGGUCUGUUAUAAAUAAACAUGAGUAAUUUAA